AUGCUGCUGGGAGUGGCAUUUCUUCAAGAAAGAACAAAACAUGAUGUUGGUUUAAAAAGAAAAAAGAGACUGACUACCAUUACUUCUCCACUUUGGAAUCUAGCAGAUAAUGUCGUAUUUGAAAAUGGACGAGUUAAUUUGUGUUUCUGGGGAAAAAGAAUUUCCCACAAGUGUUACUGCAUAUUUAGUCCUACUUUUAACUAGGAGAGUGGCCUUUAAAAGUAGGCAGGAACUUGAGGUUUUUCCUCACUCUCUCCUCCUGUCCAAGUCUGUCACCUACUGAUAUGACUGUUAAAGGAAGCUAACUGAAAAUGGGAAAUUGCACACACAGGUCUGUGACAGCAAAAAGAAAUCAAAAAAACAACCCUUCAAUAGAAGGAAUGCUGAGUUUCUAAACACAAACAAGUAGUUCUUGCAAUACCAUUCAUUCAUACAUGAAGUAUGCAGAAUUAGGUGAGGGCACUCUUUAGUAUAGCUUCUGCACGCUGUAUUUAUCCCUCUCUUGCUCUGUUGUGGGAGAGAAGAUGUGCAUGUAUGCACACUCAGUUCCUUGUUGCUGUGCAGUGAUGUCUGUGUAUGAAAAAGCACUUUGAAAGAGGAUCUGCAAAGUUAAAUUGGGUAUGGAACGAAGGCUAGGAGGAAGAGGACAAAAUAUGCUAGAAUAUGGUAUAAUUCCCAGAAAAUUUAAAGGCUUUACCUGUACACUUGCAUAGUUAUUACUUGUCUUUCUGAUACACAUAACUAAUUAGGGAAAUUAAGCUAGGUUAGGCUUGCCAGUGAACAGAAUGAUUAGGGGAGAGUUUAGAACUAAAACUGUAGCUCAGAUCUGUUAGCACCACUAAUGUCACCAUCAGUGUUUAUGUUGCUAUUGUUAAAAUAAGCUGCUUGAAUUCCUUCAAUACCUAAUAGCUGAGUUUGGGGAGUUUUAUUAGUUACGUUGUAGAAAAACAGUUGUUUUGGGUUAGAUUCAUUUUGGUUAGCAGAGGAGUCCUUCAUCCAAAGUCAACAAAGGGUUUUCAGUAACGGGCUCUGCAUGGAGUCAUGGAUAUUGGCAAGCAUCAGGAAUCCAGCUCUUGCUGCAGUUAAGAUAUUUGAGAAACUAAUUGCCAGCCUUGCUUAAUACUUGGUGUAAAAUGGUGGUGUCCUGUUCUGUCAGUACAGUGUGGCAGCAAAACACUCCUUGAUGUGACAUUUGCAGAGCUCAGUUUAAAUGUGAAGUAAGUCAUAGGGUGUGUUGGUACAUUAGAAUGGAUGCUAUUUCAGGUGUCAUUUUCUUAGUGAGUUUCUUCUAAACAAAGCAGAUGAUUAUGGGAAGUUGCCCACUCAAUAGUAAUUCAGACCUUUGCUUGUAGGAAGAAAAAAAAAAGAUUUUGACCUACUAAAUGAACUAUGAGACUAGUAAUAAAAAUCAAUCCUGGGUUCUGAUCUGCCUGCUUUUAAUUCAGCUGUUUUCCAUUACCAGUAAGGCACAGUACUGAUACCACAUCUGUGAGUGUACUGGUUCCAGUUAGAGGGGGGUCUGAAAACGUGCCCAUGGUGAUCAGGGAAUAAAGAGGAAAUAUGGGAAGAACUUCAGGGUAACAUCUGAGGGCUUUAAAGUGAAUCUCUUAGGGGAAAAAAGUGAGAAAGGGAGAGUCACAGCAGAAAAUGGAUAGGAAAAAAAAUGGUGCAGUUGCGUGAGUACCACCAUGCCCAUUUCCUUGGGAAACAUAUGAAAAAUGACAUCAUUGAUUCUAAAAGAUCCCUCCCUUUUUUUUUCUCUAACGUUGAACUUCCUAUUAAGUAAACUUUAAACUUGAUCUUUAAUUACUUUUCUGAUAGCUUACCAGGGCAAGAGAAGAAGGUAUGUGUUGUGCUUUGGCAUUUGAACAGCUCUGGCUCUGCUGUACUGGAAUGUAUGCUUAGUUGCAUAGGGCUGUCAGAACAGUGACAAAUGAAAAUGAGGAAAGUGCCUGGCUCCUGCUUCUUACAGCAUAGAGCCACAGAUACAUUUCAAAAAGCAGCCAGACCUUUUGUCGUGUACUUAGGUCAGAUCUGUAGCCAUACAUGCUCAAGUGUAAGUACAGAAUAAAACAUUGCAAAAUAGCAGGAUUUGUCUCAUCAAACAGUUCAUCAUUCUGCUGAAAAUAAUAACGAAAUGUGAUUAUAUCUGCCUGGCAGUUUCUAGCUGCUGUUGCUUGGGGUUCUGUGUGCCCUGUGUUGUGCCCGAGACUCAAGUUAGUGUUUCUGAAGGGAUACGUCACGUCAGAAGCCGGUGCUGGGCUCCAUGGGAGCUUUCGUGUGCAUUUGACUGUUGAAGGGACCUCUGUUUCCUUUAGAUUUGUGUUGCUACAAUUUUCUAAUAGUAAUAGCUAUUGCUUCUAGGCCAGUAUCUGCAUGAACUUUGAGGCAAUGUGGAUUUUCUGUGCAGAUGCUUGACAUCUGUCAGACAGCCCGUGUAAGGUCAGAAAAAUUAUUGCUACAGCAAUGGUGACCAUUUGCCUCAUGCUGCAGAAUAGCUGCACAGGAAUCCAUUUCAGCAAGAGGAGUGUGUUUCUAAGCGGUCACUAGGAAGUGAGAUUUUUUUUAUGUUCCUUCCUGAGUCUAACUUGUAGACGUAUUUCAUUAGGAAGAUCAUUAAGGAGGAUCUUUGAGAAGGGAAACUGCUACUUAAAGACAUAUGUUCAGAAAGGACAGGUAGUUUAGGCAGCAGAAUUUGUCUAUUGUUCUACCAACAAUUAAGCACUUCUGUAGCAGUGGAGUCAUAUGAAGUGACUGAAUCAAACAGGAGGUCAGAACACUUUUUGUAUUUAAAACCUUGCAAUCUUUUGUUAGCUUGGAAGAGCAAAACUUUUAAUAUUCUUGAGAGAUGGCUUUAGAAACAUGUGGAAGCUGUUUGAGCUGUCUGCUGGUCCCUCUUGGGCUUUGGAGCAUUGUUGUUAAUGUCCUUUUAUACUUCCCUAAUGGGAAUGCUUCGUAUGUUGCUAGUUACCAGCAUCCCAACUACGUGUGGUAUUUUGAAGGCAUCUGUUUCUCAGGUGUGAUGAUUCUUCUGUUGGCAAUAAUUCUCAUAGCACUGGAGUGUAAUGCAUUCUAUCGGUGCUGCCAAAGUGAGAGCUGUAACAAAACCUACAGAAGUUUUAUUUCAAUUGUGCUAGCCAUGCUUGGAGUUGCUUUCUCUGGAUACAGUUGCAUCAUUUUUACCUUGGGAUUGAUCCAAGGCCCUUUCUGCAAUUCAUCCAGCGGAUGGGAUUACAUCUUCAAAGAUACUGCUGGAGGAUACCUCACAGAUUACUCUGCUUGGUCUCAGUGUGCUGAACCUGCUAAUGCUGUGGAAUGGACCAUCAUUUUACUCUCCCUUCUGAUGACUCUUAGUGGACUGCAGUUGAUCAUCUGUUUUCUUAAAGUGGCUGCUGAGCUGAAACGUACGCUGUGUGGGACCUAUUCUGUUUUUAUUCAGGUAACAAAAGACCUGAGGUAAUUCCUUCAGCAUCUUAAAGGUCAGUUUAGCUUCAGCAGUUUCUUCAGUAGAUGACCUUUCCUCUUGGUUUAUGCAUUCUCUUUGCUACUGCAUAUUUAGCAGAAGAUAUGUGCUGAUAGUAAAUCUGCUGCAUCCUAGCCAUCGGCCAUUCAAGGAUGGCUGACUGCUCUCUCUAGCCUUUAGCGCUAUGAUUGAUGAAAAAACGAGGCUGAGAAUUUUACUCCCAUGUGAGCAAAAGCUUCUGUGCAGCCUUCUCCUAUCAUUCGUGUGCAUGAAGAGUUUAGGUUAGGAGAUGAAUGUUUAAGUCAAGCAAGAUAUAUAUUAGCUUGAGCUGAAAGAAAAAGAAAAUAACCAACAGGCCUUACGCUUCCUUCCUUUUCAUUUGCAGGCUGGGAUUCUCUGAAAAUGGCAAAAUGCUGAACCACUGUUUUCCUAAAGAAAAACUGUUUUCUUACCUGUCUAGUUGUCUCUGGCAGUGAUGUUUUUUUAACCCUCCAGCUUGUUCUGACAGUAGGGAGGUUUGAAUACUGCGGAACUCCUUUUGUAGUAAAACCAUCUUCUUGGGAUAUACUGCUGUAUUUAUAGUACCCUCUUUUUAUGUAGAAAAUGAGAGUAUUUGUUCUGAAAGGGCCUGAUUCAAACCCUAGCAUGUCAAGAGAAAUUCUCCCUUGAGAAUUAGUUUGCUGGACAAAACCAUGGUUUCUACAUGACUGAAUUUUAGUUAUAGACAGACCAUGACGGUCAUGACUGGCAGAAGCUCAUGGUGCAUUUUCUGUCCUAGAAGCUUAUUAACUGUACAAAGCAAUUUCUGAAAAAAAAGGCUAGCAAGUCUUACCAAGGUAAGGCAUCUAGGUCUGACUGAAGAUGAGAUAUGCAUCUCCGAAGUCAGCUAUACUAGUUAGUGUGCUUUAGUAGGUGCCCUGGGAUUCUUUUUUACUCAAGAGGCAGGUCUUUUUUUUUUUUUUUUUUGCUUUUAAUCAAGUAUUAUGAGAAUUUGGGAAUAUAUGAGGAAACCCUGUGAAUACCAAGUGCUACCUUGUUAGUACUUGUAAAUAUCCUAACUUUGCUGCAGGAGAAGGCUGACAUUCUUGUUAAUAACAUUCAGAAUUUCAGUAAUUUUAAUUCUGUUUCAAGACAAUUCUGAGAUUUUGUAUUGAUAUUCCUCUGGCAGAUAUUUUGAAAAGCUGGUUUCUUUCUGCAGAAAUUGAGUAAUGUAUAUUAAAUUUUAAUUAAGUUUA